AUGCUUCGUCUUCAGCCGUCCGAGAUAACUCUUACGACAGAUGACGUCCAGAUACUGAAUGUCAUUCUUGACCAGCGACAACGCCAGCGACAACGCCAGCGACCCCUUGGUGGAGCUACUUUGCGGCGCGGUCCAGAGCGAUCUCGAGACGAGGCUGUCAUGGGACAAGCUGCUCAGUAUAUGGCACCUUAUUCCGCUGAGCAUUGUGUUGAGGAGGCAAAUGGUAUAGGCCUCUCACAGUCUAAUCAUAUCGGGAGACGAGUAGAUUUGAGAGCCCAGCCUUCGUCCACCAGUGCACUUCAACCGCAGAGCUCAGGGCCAUAUAUGACGUCUACAUCAUGGCAAGAUCGCAAUGGGGCUUUUAUUCCUCCUUCUCGUCACAGCUCACCGUUUGUGGGCGAAUUUCAGGUUGAUGGCCAAUAUGAAUCAUUGCAACCGGGAUCAUCGACUCAAAGUCAUACGGCCAGUGCUGUUGUCCCGAAAGGCCACACUUCGCUAGCUCGACAGCUAAUGCAAUCGCGCACGAGAAGUGCUCCAUAUAUCUCUGAAACCUUAUCUCCUCACUCUACACAUAGAAAUUAUCCACCUCAGCAACGUAGCGAAAGCAACAUACCGUUUGGGGGGUGCAGGGAAGAUAUUUCAUACCAAAAAGCGUGGAGUAUUGGCGAUGAGUGUGCAUCUGGCGAGCGGUAUAACAUUUUGAACAGCCCAUCCGCACUGCCAGCAAAUAUUCCCAAAGCCCUGAUAAAUAUGAAUGACACAAACGACCAAUUAACGAACAAUGAAUUGGGUCCAGCUUCAUCUGCUGCUGAGGCUGCCGCGGCAGACAUGCCUUCGCCUCUAGACACCAUCACCCAGCAAGCUGCGGCGGCGCAAACCCGCCUGGUUUCGAUUGCUCGUCAAAGUGCGACACAGCAAGCAUCGCCUGAGCGGCGAAGCGCAAAUCUUUUUCACGCGAAUGCUGCGAACGAGCACAUAGCCGUGAAUAUGAGCGUCGAUCACCCAACGUAUAGCAGGCUUUACGGAAGACCGCAGCAUUGGAUAUCGCCUCCGGCAUUACAACAUGGAACAGAAACUGAAAUGAUGCCUUCCGCGCCACCGAGUAGUCCCAGCACAUCUCCAAUCCUUAACAAUCACUUGAUUCGUAGAGCCGACCAAAGAGUGACCCAGCAUCGCGAGUUUAUUCCUCCGAUAAUUCAAGCUCGUCAUGCCUCACGCCAUUCUAUCCACUCAGCAUAUAGCUAUAGCAUUAUCUCCAAUAGACGCGUUCGACAUGCUAUCCCACUGCGAAAUUGGAGCCGUGGACAUUCCUCCAUACCACAAAAUAAUCUUUCAACAGUGCCUCCAAGGACUCGCUCUGCAAGCACGCAAGCAGUAGUUACGCCCCGCCUCGAAGGCUCAGAAAUGCAGACAACAACAACUCUACCGGUAACUCCACACAUCGCAGAUCCAACGAGACAAUGGACACCGACUCUAGGCCAAUACACACCAGGCACGGUGGUUCGAGCUAGCCAACGAAACCAAGAGAAUUCAGAAGAGGUCAAUAUGAGGCAAUUUCAGGCUGAUGUAUUGGCGCUGCAAGAACGUGAGGCCAGCCAACGAGAGAUGGAAUCUCGCAAUGGAGUAAUGGAUGACACCCCACCGAGAUCGCAAAGGGUCGAGCGUUACAUAAACAAUGGCUGAAUUCCCU